ACCUGCGCCUCAAACCAUUAAAACUACUGCUAUUAUAUAUAUAUUUUUUCAAACUGUUAUCCGAGAUUUUUUUUUUUGUAGAAAAAUGAGUAAAAACGCGGAAGGCUCGCGGGAGGACCUGUCUAAAAUUGCGGACGAAGAGCUGAUGAAGUGGAGUAAGGAGGAGCUGGUGAGGAGACUUCGGAGAUCCGAUGCCGAGAAGAUGACGGUCAUGAUCGAUCACAGCAACCUGAUCAAGGAGGUGAACCGUCGGCUGCAGGUGCACCUGACUGAGAUCCGGGGGCUGAAAGACAUCAACCAGAAGCUGCAGGAGGACAACCAGGAGCUCAGGGACCUCUGCUGCUUCCUGGACGACGACCGGCAGAAAGGCAAGAAGGUGUCGCGGGAGUGGCAGCGGCUCGGCAGGUACACUGCGGGAGUGAUGCGCAAAGAAGUUGCCCUGUACUUGCAGAAAAUGAAGGAGCUGGAGUCCAAGCAGGACGAGGUGGUGAGGGAGAACUCGGAGCUGAAGGAGAUAUGCCUGAUGCUGGACGAGGAGAGGGGUGUGGGCAGCCGCUGCUCCAUAGACAGUCAGUCCAGCCUGCUGCACCUGAGCGCCACAAGUGGUUCAAGGGACGUGGGCGAUGGCAGCAGCACCUCCAGCGCCGGCAGCACCGACAGCCCCGAGCACCACGGCCAGCUGGCAGGCAGCAGCCCCGAGCAUCUCCAGAAACACCGGGCGGCCGGCGGAGGCAGUCCCGAGCACCUGCAAAAGCACCGAGGAGGCAGCCCCGAGCACCAGAAGCACAGCCUGAACACCGGCAGCCCAGAGCUCCUGCCCAAGCACAUGAGCGGCAGCGCCGAGCACCUCCCCAGGCACAUGAUCAGCUCCAGUCCCGAGCACCCAAAGCACGUUAUCAUUGGUACCCCGACUCCGGAGCAUCUGCAGCAGCACCGGGGCGGCAGCCCUGAGCGCCUAAAGCAACACUACGGAGGCAAUUCUGAGCACUUUAAACACCUGGGCAGCAGCAGCAGCAGGGAAGGAACUCUGCGAAGACCAUCGGCGGCAGCAGCGGACGAGCUUUCGCCUCAUCACAGAAGUGUAUACAAUGGGAUGAAUGAGCCAGUGCUUACCUAUGUCAAACAGCUGGAGACUAGAGUCAAGCAGCUUGAGGAAGAAAACCGAAUGUUACCCCAGGUGCAGAGUGAGCAAGAAACAAAAGCAGAACACUCGUCACCCAAGGUGAAGUAG